AUGGAGAACAACAACUUUGAGAUCAAAUCCAGCUUGAUCAACACGAUAGAGAACAACAAGUAUCAUGGUCUUGCUUUGGAGGAUCCACUUGAUCACCAGGAUCAAUUUGACAAGUACUGUGGUUUGUCAAAAACAAAUGGUGUCUCUGAAGAUGCCUUCAAGCUGAGAUUGUUUUCAUUCUCUUUGGGAGACAAAACUCACACAUGGGAGAAAAACCUUCCAAUUGACUCUAUCACCACUUGGAAUGAAUUCAAGAAAGCCUUCCUCAACAAGUUCUUCUCUACCUCAAGGACUGCCAAACUUAUGAAUGAGAUCUCUGGAUUUCAACAGAGGAAUCUUGAAGUACCUUCUAUAAGCCAACUGGAUACUGCUAGCAAUGGUUUUUUCUUGGGGAGAAAUGAAGUAGAUGCUGAGGAGCUUUUAGAGAAGAUGGCUCAGAACAGAGCCAAACAAGAGAAAGUAAACUUUGUUGGUGAACAUAAGCAAGAGAAGAUAGUUGUGGUUAAUGAAGUUGAUGGUCUAGAAGGUCAAGAAGAGAUAUGUUUCGUUAAUGCUAAUGGGACAUGGUACAAAAAGGAGCCUCACUUUCAAUACCAAAACAACUACCAGCAAAAGCUCUUCUACAACAACCAACAAGGAAGUUACCAAGCUAGCCAAAACUACUCUCAAAGUUUCUCCUCCAAAGGAAAUCAGUCUACACAAGGCCAAGUCGGAUCUUCUACUUCUGCUCCACAAGAAAGUAACACUGAUGCAAUGUUGAAACAGAUCUUGGACUACAAUGAUCUCAACAACAAAUUCUCAAACCUUGCCUCUCACUUCAAGGCUUUGGAGAAUCAGUUUGCCUCUAUGCCUUCAACCUCCAAGUGCCCAAUGGGAUCUCUACCAGAGAAAUCAGAGCAGAAUCCCAAAGAGUAUUGCAACGUUAUCCUCUCUACUACUUCUUCUGAGAUUGAGUUGAGUGAUCACGAGAAAGAGGCUGCAGCACAGCUUGUGGAUAAGACUGAACACAAGGCUAUGGAGAGGGUUAAGGCACAAGCUGAACUGAAGAAGCUAAAGGAAGUUAAGUUGGAAGGAACCACUGAGGUUGAGCAGUCACCUUAUGAUAAGCUCCCAUUUCCACAAAGAGUCCUCACCAAAGCUCAAAAGAAGGUGAUUUCCAAGUUCAGAAAAGACAUGAGUGUUGUAGGAGUCAAGCUUCCAGCAAUAUCAAAUAUGCAUGAUGAUCAUGUCGAAAUGAUGCUCAUCAAGGACAUUCUAGCUCACAAAGAAGAAGUAGGAGAGCUCCUAGACAUCUCUACUAUGCAGCUUGAUCCACAAAUCACACCAAAUGUGAAUGUGAUCUCAAUGGCGAUGGUGAAGAGUCAUGGGAUUGAAAACAAGGAGCCAAACACAUCCUUACUAAUGUUUGGGGACUCCUCUUCUACUACUCCAAUUGGUCUCAUCAAGAACUUUCCUUUGAAGAUUGGAGCUUGCACCAUUCCUAUUGAACUCACUGUUUUGAAGAUGCUGUCUCCUAUCCAAAUUAAGUCUCCAGUGAUGAAUGUUGAGUAUUGUGGAACCAUCACUUGUGGAGAACCUUCCAUUGAAAAGAUCAAGGAUGAAAUGGUUGUUAGUGGAAAAGAAGGUAUUGAUGGAGAGUCCUCUAAAAAGAUGUGUGAUGAGCAUUUGGAAAGUGCUACAAAGGAGGAGGUGAGUAGAGCCACAAAGGCUGCUCAUGACAAGAAGAAGAUGAUGAAAGAACCUCACCCUCCACCUCUUGAUAUGAUGCCAUACACUCUCACUCUUCACCCAAUAAAGUUCAAGGAUGGAUCUAUUGAAUGCAACUAUAAAUCGAUGAACACAAAAGCCAACGGUAUAUCAACUACCAUCUUCUAUGCAUUCAACUACCAUCUGCUUAAAUUUCGAUAUUCGUUAGGUGCAACUGGAUAUAAUCAGAUGCAUUCACAGAAACAGAUUGGCCACUUCGAGAUCUUAACAUAA